AUGCCAGAAAAGCAAGGAUUACACUCAUUCUUCAUAAUAUUCUUAAUAAUAGUAUGGGCAGGCUUAUUUAUUUCAACCAGAAUCAGAAUCGAAAUUGAUGAAUCUUUAAUUGCAGUUUUCGAAUAUGCCACAAAGCUCAGAUUCAUCGUUAUACUUGCUGCAAUAUUUUAUACAAUGACAGGACCUCCAUUUGCUCCUGUUGAAUGGGAGAUAUCAAAUUACAUCUUUAUUUGCUUGCUGAUCUUCCUUGGCAAGUCCAUAACGGCAGAUCUCGUUGUUUUAGCCCCAACAGUGUUCGCAGUUAUUGCUUUUAGGAUGGAUCGACAAAGAGCUCUUUCUAUUUUAAGAUACAGAAGGAUAAAUAUUAUAAAACAGUCAAAUGAGAUUAAUUGUGAUCCAGAUUUAUUGAAUAAGUACUAUCGUCAUCUUCGGAUUUCAUUAAUUGUAUUUUUAAUUGUAUUAAUCGAAUUUGUAUUUGCACUUAGUCAACAUUAUUGGUAUCAUGCUAAUUUGUUCUGUCUUUUGACCGUAGUCUUUUAUGUUGCUUAUUAUUUUAUUAUUUUCAGGUAUAACAUAGCUGAUAAGGAAGAUAAGUCAACAAAAGAUAUUGGCAAAUGA